AUGAGGGAGAAGCUGAGUCUGUAGAUUUAGGGUUUUUUAGAUGCUCUUAGGCUAGUUACAUUGUGAGGUGUUUGAUAGGUAGUAGGUUGUGUGGUUGUUGAAGAGGGAGAGAUCUAUAUUUUCAGGUAAUUUAACCAAAGAAAAUGGUUAUAUCUGAUGAGAACAAGAACAACCCCACCUUGAUUAAACCCAUAAACUUACAAGAAAUGAGUAGCAGAAGGUUUAGGGUGGAGAUUAGGCCCAACCGUGGAGCCGUAAGCAUGAUUAAUCAAAAUUUAGCUCGAGCUCAUCCGUACCCUUGUGUUGUCAACAAGAAAGUCUUGUCAGAAACCCAUGAAAUUUGUGAUAAGUUACCUCCUCAUCCAGCUCAUAGACCAAUCACAAGGAAAUUUGCGGCACAGAUUGUGAGCAAACAACAAAAUUGUCUGGAGAAAACUAAGAAACUCGAUUCAUCAUCUGUUCAAAGCUUCAGAGUCUGGGAAGAUUGUUCAGUAAUAGAUGAGGCACAUAAGGCAGCUACAGACCCCCCAGUUCCAAUGUCCUUGGAACAAACAGAAGCAGUCCCGGAUGAAGAGGAACAAAUGGAAGUUGAAAUGGAAGAUACAUUUGAAGAGCCCGUUAUGGAUAUUGACAGCUGUGACGCCAAGAAUCCACUAGCAGUAGUCGACUAUGUCCACGAUGUCUAUGCCUACUAUAGAAAAAUGGAGAGUUGUAGCGGUGUUUCAACGAGCUACAUGUCACAACAAUCUGACAUCAAUGAGAAGAUGAGGGCAAUACUAAUUGACUGGCUUGUUGAGGUACACCAAAAGUUUGAACUGAGGGACGAGACACUAUUUCUGACUGUUAAUAUUACAGAUCGGUUUUUAGCUCAGCAAGGAGUGGCGCGAAAGAAGCUGCAGUUGGUUGGUUUGGUCACAAUGCUCUUAGCGUGCAAAUAUGAGGAAGUUUUAGUACCUGUUGUGGAUGAUUUGCUUUUCAUUUCAGAUAAGGCCUACACUAGGAAAGAAGUUCUUGAAAAUGAGAGAUUAAUGCUUAAUACAUUACACUUCCACAUGUCAGUUCCAACCCCAUAUGUUUUUAUGAGAAGAUACCUUAAGGCUGCUCAAUCCAACAGGAAGCUUGAGCUUUUAUCUUUCUUCUGGAUGGAGCUCUGCCUUGUGGAGUAUGAGACACUCAAGUUCGCGCCAUCUUUCUUGGCUGCUGUAGCGAUCUACACUGCUCAAUGUACACUCUAUGGGUUUAAGCAAUGGAGUAAAACCUGUGAGUGGCACACACACUAUGCACUU